AACGUGAACGACGGUAUCGUACGUACGUCGGGAACACCGGCCAUAACAACAACUACGGAGGCGACGAUUACGAGGUCGAGGACGAGAACGCUCAUCGACGAGGAGGAGAAGGACUCGCUCUGCCUCUCUAUCAUCAAAAGGGUGGAAACGAUAUGCAGUCCCAAGAACAGCUGGAUAUGAGGUUGGGAGGUGGGCUCGGGGCGGAAAUGUCCAGGAGACGGGUAGGAGGGUUACCUACUAUCCCUGCGAGCCCCAACGACCCGAACGUCAAUUACCUCGACGGGGAGAAAGAUGCUCUCUUGAUGGAAAACGAGCGUAGCACGUCUCCAGCCUAUGACGAACAGGGGAAGAUGUUCGGCUCGAAGGGUUUCGGUAUGGGACCUCGGACAGGGGGUCGACGUGGGAUCCCGUUGAUGACCUCUCGUCGACCGGAGAAUGUCCCCCAAUGGAUCAUGCAAAACGAAGAGAUCUUUUUCACCGCCCUCUACACGGCCUUGUCCCUGUUUACCAGGUUGUGGAAGAUUGGCGCAGCAGAUUAUGUCGUCUGGGAUGAAGCCCAUUUCGGGAAAUUCGGGAGUCACUAUAUCAACCGUGACUUCUAUUUUGACGUCCACCCGCCGUUGGGCAAGAUGCUCGUCGGUCUCGUCGGAGUCUUGAGUGGCUACGGAGGAGGGUUCGAUUUCAAAAGCGGGGCGCCGUAUGGCGACAAGGUGCCGUACACGACAAUGAGGGUGUUGAUGGCCAUGUUCGGAGUGGGCAUGGUCCCUGUCGCUUGGUGGACCGCAGGAGAGUUGGGAUGGUCCAGACAGUCUAGGCAUCUGGUCACACUCUGCGUCUUGUUCGAUGUCGGCUGGUUAUGCAUCUCGCGAUUUAUCCUGCUCGACUCGAUGCUCUUGUUCUUCACGUUUACCACCAUCCUCGGGCUCGUCAAAUUCCAUAAUCAACGUCACGACGCGUUCGGAGAUGACUGGUGGGCCUGGUUGGUCUUCACCGGAUUGCAAAUCGGUUGCGUUUGCAGUGUCAAGUGGGUUGGGCUCUUUGGAGCUACCGCCCUUGUCGGGCUUUACACUGUCGAGGAUCUCUGGAACAAGUUUGGGGAUCUCAGGAUGCCCAAGAUGACCUACAUCCGCCACUGGUUGGCGAGAGGGCUCUGUUUGAUCUUCAUUCCCUUCUGCGUCUACGCCAUGUCUUUCAAGCUUCACUUCAUGAUCCUCAACCGGAGUGGACCGGGUGACGCUCAGAUGAGCUCGCUCUUUCAGGCACACUUGAGAGGAAAUGACUUUGCUCAGUCUCCCCUAGAGAUCGCUUACGGGUCCAAGCUCACCCUCAAGAAUUACGGAUACGGAGGCGGGCUCUUGCAUUCACAUGUCCAGACGUACCCUGUCGGGUCAUUGCAGCAGCAAGUCACUUGUUACCACUACAAGGACGACAACAACAACUUUUACAUCUAUCCUCCUUGGGGCGGUAAACCUGUGGACCCGGACGCCGAGCUCGAGUAUGUCCGGGACGGGGACGUGCUGAGGAUCGUGCACGUACCCACCACCCGGAACAUACACUCGCACACGGUUCCGGCGCCGAUGACCAAGGAGAACUAUGAAGUGUCCGCCUAUGGAAACCUGACCGUCGGCGACGUACAUGAUCAUUGGGUCAUCGAGGUCGUUGAUGACAUGAUCUUGGGCAAGAAGAAAAACGUUGACAAGAUCCACGCGUUGACCACGAGGAUGCGGUUCAGGCAUCAAGUCUUGGGUUGUUACCUCAAGGCCGCCAACGUGCCCUUGCCUCAGUGGGGAUGGAAGCAGAUCGAGGUGACUUGUGACAAGCAGAACAAUCCCGCAGACGCCCAUACUUGGUGGAAUGUCGAGAGUCAUUGGAACGACCGACUACCCUCGGGCGAUGCCAAACUAUACAAGUCGCCAUUCUGGAAAGACUUUUGGCACCUCAAUGUGGCGAUGAUGACCUCGAACAACGCGCUCAUUCCCGAUCCCGACAAGGACGAUAUCUUGGCUUCGCAACCGCUCGACUGGCCCUGGUUGCACCUGGGACUUCGUAUGUGCGGCUGGGGAGACAAUCAGAUCAAGUACUAUCUGCUCGGGACACCCAUUAUCUGGUGGGGAGGCGGUGUGGCCUUGAUUGUCGGUUGUCUCACGCUCGUGACCUACUUGAUGCGGAUGCAAAGACAGUACAGAGAUUGGGCCGAAGGCGAAUGGGACGAUUGGCUCUACGUCUUCAAGCUUGCCCUUGGCGGGUGGCUCACGCAUUUCGUGCCGUUCUUGAUCAUGGGGCGGGUGACAUACCUGCAUCAUUACCUACCAACGCUAUGGUUCGCCGUCUUGAUGAUUGGCCACAUGCUCGACACGUUCGUCUUUCAAUCAUCCAACCGGUCGAAUCGAGCAAAGUGGAUCUGGUUCGGUGUCCUCGCCGGAUCCGUCUUUUUCUGUUUCAUGUGGUUCCGAGGCAUGGCCUUUGGAAUUACCGGCCCGAUCAAGGACCACCGGGGUCUCAAGUGGAGAAAGACAUGGAACAUUUACGACGACCGAGAUUAAACCGAUGCAUUUCAGGAUUGCUGUAGACACCUCAUGUCUUGUUCACGAUUGCACAAGCUAUUAUACAUCUUUCUUUCACGAGCUCACUUGACCACGUAUGAAUACAACAAAGGGAGUCUUUUUUUCCGUUCCGAAUCAACGUCAUGAGUCG